GUCAUAAAAGUGUGUAAAAAAGUUUUAUUUAUGCAUACUAUUCUAAAAUCAAAUAUAUGUUAUGCAUCUGACAGAGUAAUCACUGCAACAUGUAUCUAUGACAACUAUUAUCAUAUACCAAAUCAUAUUUAAAAUACAUAUAAUGUUUCAUAGUAAAACUUGAUUACAAAAUGAAAUAGAAAACUGUGAUGUUAUAACAAAAUUAAAGGGAUAAGUUAAUUAUAAAAAAAAAAUUGUAACGUAUCAGCUAAUUAUAUUCAUUUUCAUACAAAUAAUAUUUCCAGGCCUGCAAAAACUGUCCGUCAUAGCAUAAUAAUGAUAAAACAAAAGGGAACCCGUGUAAGAAUAAGCAGCCACAAGAAUCUGAUAAACGAUUUGGAAGAAUACUUUCACAACGAAUCAAAAUGUUCGUGUCCAGUUUGCGAUUCUAUUUCAUGCUUUCAAAUUAGGAGGUUCAAUUCGGGAUUAUCCUGCACGUGCGUGGAUUGUAACCGGGAUCGAUGUCUGACAUGGGAUAACAGCGACGAUAGUACCCACGACAAACCGCCGGAUACCGACGCGGCCAGUAAAGGUGGUAAGGCACCAGAGAUAGGAAUUAAACCGAAAAAGAAAUGUUCAGCUCCUAUGAAUGAUAAGGACCAAGAAAGCUCCUGCUGCACAAAAGAUUGUAACACACCAGGGGGUAAGCGGAUUGUAUCAAACGACUACGCCGUACAAAUAGAAAUUAAAAUGUCCGACGAUUCUAACGUUGACUCUUUAAAUGAUCGAACUUCCAAAAACUAUGACGAUUUUGUUCCUGAAUUUUAUAAAAAAGAUGAUAUAGAAAAUGUAAAAAGUGAUUUUAUCAAAAUUAAACCAGAUACAAAGAAAUGUUGCAGUUCAAAUACUUGUUUUGAGAGUAAAAAUACUAGCCCAGAACGUACAGCGGUGAAUUUAGAUAACAAUACUUUUGAAUAUAGCGACCUUUUGAAUAUAGAAGAUAAGAAAGUUAUUGCUUCUGAGGAAAAAAGAGAGCAUACAGACGCUUUCAGUUCAAACACAGUUCAAAAUGCAGAUUCUACAUCUCACUUUAUUAAUUUUAAUAAUAUGAAUGAGAAUAGAGACGAUAGGAAUUCUCGUAAAUCCAAAGUUAUGCCGGAAUUUAAAAAAUGUGCUAGCAGCAAAAACUUUGGAAGUAAAAGUUAUAAAAUUCAUAGUAAUAAAUCAUGUGUACCUGGAAUUGAAGCGCAACCAAAGGAAAAAGAUACCCAUUUUCAUAACACAGGCUAUAUAAAAACAUCUAAGACAAUAAGAAACGAGAUGUACACCAAAAGAUAUGAUGAUGCAAAAAAGGUUUUUAAUGGUGAGGAUUUUGAUAAUCCCAAAGAUCGUGAUAUUUUUACAAAAGAAAAUAAAAAUCUUGAAAAAUGUUACAACGUAAGUAAAUAUUUGAAAAUUGAAGAAGAUAAACUGUAUCGUCCAAAAAAUAAAAUAGAAAAAGAUAGCAACGUAGAAAAUGGUUUGGCCAGUGAAGAUUCUCUAGAUAAUGAGGAAAUUGUUAGAUUGCAAAAAAUUAUAAAUCUGCUUACUCAUAUUGAUGACAAACAAGAAAAUGAUGGCUCGAAUUUGAAACAAUGCGUAUAUACGGACGUUUCUCACUCUCAGAAGAAAACUAUUCGGAGGAAAAAUGAGAAGUCCUCUGAGAAGAGUUCUUCUCAUUUAAAAACGAUAGCAUUAAGUUAUUCUAAACCAGAUUAUAGUAAUUCACGGGCGGAAUUGAGUGCUCAAGUCAUGAAUGUACCCUACGAGGAACUAAAAGAGACCUUGUCUAGAAGACACUCUUCAGUACAUUCUGACUUAUCUAAUUCUCCAAAGGAAUCGCCGAAACUAGACAUUUUUUCUAAACUAAAAGAAUUAUAUAAGGCCUGCAGCUGUAAGGUCUGUGAAUGUUUACCUAGUAAUUCUUUUUCAAAAAACAGUGAUAUAUGCAACUGUAAACCGUGUGAUUGUGACGAUUGUAAAAAAUAUAUGGAAAAAUUAAGAAAGAGACUAUUAAAUAGACCUACUUCUGGAUGCCCGUGUGUAGCUUGCGAUAGAAAAGAUUGUCGUGGUGUUGUAAAAGACGAUAAAUCAUCGGUAUGUGACUGUGAGCCCUGCAACUGUGUGAAAUAUACUGAAAGUUGCUCAAAACCGUGCAAUUGUGUUCCCUGUCAAUGUGAAUUAUGCAAGCCAUCGAUACCUAUGCCUCAAGCACUAAUGGUCAGUAAUAUGACACAGAUUUAUCAUCAAAGUAACUGUGACUGUGAUCCUUGCGAGUGUCAAAACUGCACUAGCAGUUAUUCUGCUAUGACAUCAAAUCUAAUGCGUGAAGCAUCGACUGGCAUAAUCACAUAUGGGAACUGUAAUUGUCGAGCUUGUGCGAACGAUUCAUGCCAAUUAAACGCAUCUAGUUGUAGAUGUGAUGUACAAAACGAUGUUAUGAGAAAACCUUUGGCCAAGAACAGCCCAGAUUAUGGAAUUCACAGGGUGUACGUCAGAGAAAAACCUUAUGGCAAAACUGACGCCAUUAAGAAGCAUCGUAAUACAAUAGCUAUGUUCGCUUUAUCAGAUACAUACUCUAACAGAUUGUUCAGUUACUCUAACCAAAAUGACACAUGUAAAUGUGAAGUAUGUGAAUGCCUUGUAUGCAAAGAUAAAGGAAAACUUAUAAAUUAUGAUGAUAAACCAAAAUACGGAAUUAAUAUAAAUAAAAAGUCCAUACCUUCCGGUUAUUGUGUUCCGUGUCAAUGCGAAACAUGUAAAAAAUAUAACAACUCAAAUGCGCAAAAUUUUGAUGAAAACUUUAGCUUUAAAUAUAAAUAUAACACUGAAAAUAACAAAAAAGUUGAUGGGAACAACAUUUCCAGAGAAGAUAAACUAAUUAAGAGGUCUAAGCUUACUUUUGCAUCGCCAGAAGUAAAUUCUUUAAACAAAUUACUCAAGGGUGACGACGUUUCGGUUAAUGAGGUAUUCUCAAAGAAAUCUGAAGAUUUAGUGGAUGAUGACCAUUGCUAUUUAUUGAAAAAGGGAAAGUUAUUGACGUCGUCAAUUUUGAAAAAUAUUGUCUCAAAACGUGGUUCCUCCCAUGUACUUGUUAAAAGUGAUGACAAUGAGAGUUGUUUUAAAGAGAAUGAUAAUAAUUCUAAGCAUUUUCCUAGACUUAAUUCCUCGCUGUGUCAACAACUCAAGUUUGCUGAUACGUGUAAACAGGAUGAAUCUUUCCAUACAUAUUCAUCGCCAAAAAGUUCCAAAAACAACACGACUUCCAAAGAAAAAGAGACAACUGAAAUUUUUAAACAUAAUUCCCUUGAUUUAAUGAAUUCUAAUGUAUCGAAUACCUUUCGUGAUGAUUCAAACGAUAAUAUUAAAAAGGACGUAUGUGAUGACUUAUUACAUGAAAACUUAGAAAAAUCUAAAAUGGAAGUCAAUGAUGCCGACGCUAUUGUAUCAAGUCAAAAACACUUGGUACGUUCAUAUAAAAAAACGAAAGAAUCUCUAAAUAUAACUAAUGUCCUAAAUAAUAAGAUACAUUUAUCGUCUGCAAAAAGCAUGAGCUUAGUCCAAUCCCUUUGUAAGGAAAGAAAUAUAAAUAUAGACGACCAAUAUACAUCAAAAUAUUUACAAUCUAUUGAAAAGCUCCCCUUGAAAACGAUCAAAAUGGAAUUUAAUAGUAUUAAUGCAAGCGAUGAAAAUCAAAAAGACAUUUCUAAAAACGACAGUGAUGUAAAUUUUUGUAAAGUAACAAGCAAAAUGAGGAUACCUCAAAUUAAUGACAAAAACGAUUCAGAGACUUUCGUCUACGGAAAUAUUGAUAUAGUCAAACAUGAAACUGAACAUACAGUUCCACCAAUAAAUGAUACCGAUUCUAACUUAAAAGAAACAGAUAUUGAAGAUGACAUAUUAAAAGAUAAUUAUCCUAAAAUAGAAAGCGACGUGAAUGAUAUGAACAAACAAAUCAGGGCUCAACGGAUGGUACCUUUAGUUAAAAUUAAUAAAGCAAGGAAGGCAAAUAAACCUUCAAAACCGGAUCCAGAGUUAAUGUUAUAUAAUAAGCAAAUUAAAAAUAAACGUUACCUAGAACUACCAGAUCGUACGGACACAGCAUCGUCCGUAAUAAAUUUUAACUCAUUCGAUAAAUUUAUGAAAUUCUACGAAUCUGUUCCACUUGAAAACGAUGAUAGCGAACAAAAAAAUCAAGAAGAUAUACUUGGUAGAAAAAUAGUCUACGUGAGCGCAGAUGCCAUUUGUACUAAUCCUCUCGAACCAAAUCGCAAGAAUUCCUUAAAAUCCAUAUCACAGCAGACUAGUGCUGUACCUCUUUAUUUUCUCGGAUCAGGCCAAGGAAAUAGGGCAUUGAACAAACUUCAGAUUGAAGUGAACGAUUUGCUGAAUUCUCCUAUAUUACAAUCGAAACAUACGAUUGGCCAAAUAAAGAGAUCAUGGAAUGAGAGUAAAAUGACUUUGAAGACAAUCAGCAGAAUGAAUGACGCAACGUCACAAACUCAACGGGUUAAGAUCGCUGUUGAUAAGGAAAUUGACUGCAAUUUGAUACUAUCAGCGGAGAAUUUAAAACCAAAAAACGUAAAAGUAGACAAUACUAUGUUAACAAAAAAAGGCAAACGUUUGUCUUCUGAUAAAAAGGAGCAAAGUUCAAAGCCAAAUUCUGUAGUAAUGGAUUCUUAUUGACGCUGUCAAAAACCGCAGAGGCAACAGCAAUUUAUAUUUCAAAGAAAAAUCGAAAAUAAUACAUCAAAAAAUCUAUGCUACCACUCUUUUAUGUAGACCUUUGCUGAAUCAGUCUGGGCACAACCAUAGACUGUUUUAUUAGUAUUAAAUACAGGAUAAUGGAGAACCCAAAUCCAAUACCAGACACUAAUACAACUCUGCUUAUUUCUAAUCUAUUUGGUCAUACAAUGUUUAUUUUAAACUAGAACGGCCAUUUCCACAACCUAUAAAAAUUACAAUUAUAACAUUCAGAUAGAACAAAAGGUUCCUGGUCGCUUACUUUCCUAUUCUUUGUGGAUUUCUACAAUAUAAGGGAUAAUAGUAACCUCAAACCCACCCUUUCCCGCUCAGUCUAGGACAAGAGGUAUAUUUGUAAAUGUCCUGGUAGCUUAGUAUGAGGAGAUCUGUCAGUGCCACUGAAAAUUAUAAGUUGCAAUGGUUCAAUUAUUGUCUACUCAACUCCAUACGUGUCUCUAUUGGGUCUUAUUAUGUUAACAUCGAAAUCGAUGGCUUAUUCCAUCUCACUAGCAGCUAACUAUUUUUACUUUAAGCAAUAGUUUCUAGAGAAUAUAGAGUGGUCUUAAGUGAGAUGAUAAAAAAAAAUGGUUGAAAUAUUAGCUCAAAUUUAUAAUAUAAAGACAACGGAUACGAAUAAAAAUAUUAUGCCUGCAAAAAACAUAGAACAAAGUCAGUAAAGUAUUCAAGAGACAACCGCAUUUUUCCUUAUACUUACUAUUAAUUAUUUUUAAUACAACAAUAUGAAAGACACUUGUUAAUAAAAGUCUUAAUACACGACCUAUUUAAGUUAAGCAUCGAAUUCCUAUGCAAAGAUUUAAUGACUGUACUGAGUUUUCGUUAUAGAGAACUUGGUAACCAUCUUAAUAUUUUUAUUCAGAAUUGUGGAUGGCAUAUAAUAAUAUUAAAACAAAAAAAAAAUUGACAUACUUCAUAAACAAGAAACGUAAUUAAAGUCAGUAGGUACUAUUCGGAACUUUUUUAACCAAAGGAAAUUCAAAUGAUGUAAACUAGGCUCUUCUUUACUGUGCAAU